GAGAGAGAAAUAGCUUCCUCUUCAGAAGAAUCCACCUUGCAUUCUCCACUCUCAACUCUUCUCUCAGAAUAACCUUCAAAAAAAGGGACCCUCCCCUUGGAGACUUUAUUAUUUGUGCAUUUGGUGGCAAGGAAAGCUUAAAGGGACAGCUUUGUGUGAUCAAAGGCAGCACUUGUGUAUAUGUGUUGAGGAAGGGGGUGAGAGAUUGGACUGCUAACCCCCCCUCCACCCCCUCCAGUGCAAUGUAUCAGCGCUAAUGUUUUGCUCACAUAGAACGCCAAUGUAGCUAGGAGAGAGUAACAAUGACCAAGGAAUGGAUACACUUACAUCCCCUGCUCUUCACUUUGAAAUUAUUUGUGUAAAAUUUGCCGCAUGAUGCUGUCCAGGGAAGCAGAUUUUUUUUCUUUAGGAUGCAGCAAGUUCUCUGAUUUGUAGCGAAUUCCAGAAAGGAUAUAAAUAGUAAUUGAGUGCAGACCAUCGCUAUUUCAGAGCGAUCACAGGGAGGGGUGGUCUCCCUGACCGACCAGGAUUACCUGUCGCUUAAUAUUCUCUGCAAGUGAGGAGAGUGAAUUGUCUUUUACAUUUGUAAACAUUUUCAUGCCUCUUAAACCACCUCGGAUAAUGAGCCUGUCAAAGACUGCCUGGGUUUGGAAGAAAAGGCUGACUUUAGACUAGGAGCCGGGAGUCUAGAUCUUACAACUUCCACAUCACUUUCCCACUACAUGGACACGAUACUGGGGUGGGCGCCGAGGACAAGCAGACUGUUAAAUAUGAAUUCUAUAUCCAACCAAAACUGAAAGUAAUAUCAAUGGACUGGUGAUCCUGGCAAUGAUAACCCAUAUCAGUGGUGAACAAGAAUCAUCUCCGGAAUCCACUGAAUCAACAAUAAGGAAGAAUGCCGUGGUUUUAUUUCACAAAAUGACACGAGAACAGUAUAUAUUAGCCACACAACAAAAUAGUCUUAGAACUGAAAAUACUCAAUUUUACCAUGUGGGAAUUUAUGGAUGGCGGAAGAGAUGCCUAUACUUCUUUGUUCUUCUUCUGUUGGUUACCAUGAUUGUUAAUUUAGCAAUGACAAUAUGGAUUUUGAAAGUUAUGAAUUUCACUGUGGAUGGUAUGGGAAAUAUGAGAAUUACCAAGAAAGGGGUGCGGCUUGAAGGUGUAUCUGAAUUUCUUCUCCCUUUAUAUGUCAAAGAAAUUAAUUCUCGAAAGGAGAGCCCACUGGUAUUACAGUCAGAUAGAAAUGUAACACUGAAUGCAAGAAAUCAAAAUGGGCAACUAACGGGUCAAAUGACAGUAGGGGCUGAUGCUGUAGAAGCACAGUGCAAAAGAUUCGAAGUGAAGUCUAAUGAGGAUGGAAAAAUUUUGUUUUCAGCAGAUGAAGAAGAAAUCACAAUUGGUGCUGAUAGACUCAGAGUAACAGGAACAGAAGGUGCCGUUUUUGGUCAUUCUGUGGAAACACCACAUAUAAGGGCAGGACCUUCUCAAGAUCUCAGACUUGAAUCUCCAACAAGAUCAUUAACAAUGGAAGCACCAAAAGGAGUGCAAAUUAGUGCAGUUGCUGGAGAAUUUAAGGCCAGCUGUAGAAAGGAAUUACAGUUGGAGUCCACAGAUGGGGAGAUAUUUUUAAAUGCAGACAAUAUAAGACUAGGAAAUUUACCACAUGCUUCCUAUUCGUCUUCGUCGCCCAACUCAGUAGGACCUCGACAGACUGUUUAUGAGUUGUGCGUCUGUCCCAAUGGAAAACUGUAUCUGUCUCCAGCAGGACCUAGUUCCACAUGUCAAACCAGUAGUAAUGUAUGCCUGUGGAGCUGAAGAGACUCCGUGUUUACUCACACCAGAAUAGCCUUUUGCUACUAUCCUUCUGCUUCACAGUACAGUUUCCCUUGUGAUAUGUCAGAUUCUUCAAUGUUCAGCAGAGCCUCUUCCAGUGUAAACAGAAAUAUGAGAUGGCCAUGUGUCAUGGCAUUGGUCACAAUCCAGUAGAAUGGUGGACAGAAAAUAUUUAGACAUUAAAUGCCGCAUUCAACAGGAAACCUGGAUAACUGCAUCAUAUUUUUGUCAGAAUUACUUACACAGGUGCCUUUGCUAAAUGAAGUGAAGCACAUUGAUCUUGAAAUUGCAGGAGCCUAGAGAAAAGCAAACAACAACAACCCACAAACAACUAUCUAAUAUGAAAGCAAAUUUGCUGAACACACACACUGCGAGAUUCAGCCAUGUGUGAAGAAAUGACAACUGUUUUAAAGCACAAUUUUCCAUUUAAUAUUUUUGGAUGUAUACUUUUA